CUCUCUCAGAUCCCACAACUCCCACAAAAGCCUUCAGCUUCAGUCAUCCCUUUCGACAACCCCAAGUCAAUCCUUUCAGCUUGAAUCAUCACUACAAUAACAUUCACAAUGCAUUUCCUUGCAACCGUCGCCUCUCUGGCCUCCGUCGCCAUGGCCGCCUCCGUCACCAGCCCAGCCUGCUCGGCCCACACAUCCAACGUCCAGCUCGGCAACAAGAUCCUCGCCGAGGCCGCCACGGACAUUGACAAUGCCCUCAGCCUCGCCGCCGGCUUCAAGUGCCCUGCCCCCAUGGCCUACAGCCCCUGGACAAAGGCCUGCUCGUGCCUGCCCGGCCAAAAGUACGACACCACUCAGAAGUCGUGCUCCGGCUCGGCCCUCGUCGGCGCCUGGCCGCUGCCCAAGUGCGAUGCCUCGGGCUCGACCGUCGCCCUCACUGCCUUCUGCGCCAUCUCGCCCACCAAGUUCACAAAGUACGAUGCCACACACGCCUGGUGCCAGGCUACCAUCGAGACCUUCACCUUCUGCGCCGAGGCCGAGAUCGAAGCUGAGAUCUCCGCACUGGGCCUGGGCAUCAACCUCGAUGUUGAGCUCGACAUCUCCCUGACCUCCAAGAUCAGCGCCACCCUCCGCAGCACCUCGGCCGCCCUCGCCUCGCUCUUCAUCGAGACUCUGGCCGAAGCCGUCGUCAUCUUCAACACCAACGCCUUCGGCCUCGCUGCUGUCGCCGCCGAUGUCGAGGUUUCCCUGACCACUGGUGUCUUCGCCCAGCUCCAGUCCGCCGCCUGCCUGCUCGGCUUCGGAACCUGCCAGUUCGACUGCGUCUCCUUCAGCACCAAGGGCUGCCACAACUACAUUGACGUCGUCGGUGCUCUCGGUGGCCGCAUUUCUGGCCUUGUCGGCGUCACCAUCCUCCCUGAUGUUAUCCUCUCCAUUAGCUCCAUCAAGGCCGUCACCCACCUUGUCGUCAAGGACAUGCUGUGCGCUAGCCUCAAGCUCAACACUCCUCUCAUCUCCGAGUACAAGUACACUUGCUAAAUUACCAACCGCAAGUUGUGUUGAGUGGAGGAGUUGACAGUUGGGUUCCUUUCAGAAGAAGCAUGUUUGUAGAUAGAGUCCUGCUUUUGGAGCGGGAGCGAUAUGGAUAUUUUGCAUAAAAGAGCGCGGUGUUGGUUGACGGGGGAAAAGAGGAAUUGGAUCAAUGUCAAGAUGGUGCUUAUGAGUGAAGCAAUCCUAUUCUAGAGUUUAGAGGUAUUUAGUAAUAUAAUGUAUAGUUAGUUUGGAUUAAUAUAUCAAUGCAGUAG